AUGGAAGUUGAUGAUUUUUUCAAUCCUCAUGGAGGUAGCACCACCGACUCCUUCUCUCCUUCUCAACCAACCAUAGCUGAGUUGAGUGCCCAGAUGACUCAGCUCCUACAGAUGCAGACUUUGGCCCCGAAUCUGAUCCUGAAUCAGAAUCCUAUUUUGAUGACCCCGAACCCGAUCUGGAAUCAGGAUCCUAUUUUGACAACCCCGAACCCGACCCCGACUAUGAUGACGACAACCUCGACCUCGACUCCGAAGAUGACCCCGACCCCCACUCCGAUGAUGACCCCGACCUCGAAUUGGUCUCUAAUUCAAACCCCGACCCCGAUUUCGACUCCGACUCCGGCCCCGACUCAGGCUCAGAUCCCGAUCCGAAUUCCUACUCAACCUGUAUCCUAUGCAUCUUCUGCUACACAGAUUAUGACUUCUUGA